AGGCGCAGAAGAGCGAUGCAAUUCCAUUUUGCUAUAAGGAAAAUUCUAAAAUGCAGGCUCGGCGGGCGAGAGGAGCCAAUCAAUGAACUCUGGAAGCGGAAGUGUGGGAGGAGCGCUAAGAUGGCGGUGUCCUCGUCGCUCCUUUCUGGCUGGAGAAGGCUAGUGUCUGGCUUCUUGUGGGGUGGCUGGACUAAGAUUCCGGCUCGCGGGCUCCGGCAGGUUGUAGAAGUCACUGAAGGAAAUACCACUGUCAUUGAAGGCAAACUUGUAGAAGAAGUGGAAGCUCCAACCCCUCCAAAUCCUUCUGGCCAAUGUCCUAUCUGUCGUUGGAACCUGAAGCACAAGUAUGAUUAUCAAGAUGUCUUGUUGCUAAGUCAGUUUAUUCGGUCUGAUGGAGGAAUGCUAGCCCGAAGGAUCACAGGCCUGUGUUUGGAAGAGCACAAGAAGGUUGCUGUGUGUGUGCAAAUGGCUCAUCGAGCAGGCUUGUUGCCAAAUCAUAGACGUAAAUUUCCUGAAGGGUUUGUUCCAAAAAAACAGAAACCCAAGCUCAACAGGUAUCUUACCCGAUAUUCUGUUAAAUCUGUAAAGCCCAUCUUGAACAAGGGACAUAAGUGGUGCAAGGUCCCCAUGCCUAUAUCACACCCCAUCCUCAAAGAUAACAUUAAUUAUGGAGCAAAGCCUCUUCGUUUUAACCAUUAAGGUGAACUUCAUCUUGUGUUGACAACAGAUUGCAGCUGUUUAGUGUUUGGACUGUUCUGCCUUACAUGAAAAUUUGUCAAUUCAUUGCAAGUAUUAUGAUAGUCUGGAAGGAACCAAAUUAACAUUGUGCGCGUUCCUGUAAAUAUAUAGGAGUUACUAGAUAAGGGUCAGCUUCACGUUAAGGUAAAUUGUAACUUGACUGGAAGAUUAUCUGAUGGCAGAAAUGGCCUAUUUCUCUUCGUUUGAAUCCCAAUUAAACUCUUAAGAUGAAUCUUAGUAUCAUGUGGUCUUUCUCACCCAUUUUGCUAGCCCAAACCUGUGCACUCUAACAAUAAAAUGAAGAAAACAAUUGUAGCUCAGUGCUCAGAUGCAAUAUUUUAUUAUUCAUUGUGUUCUUAAUUUGUGCUCUUAGUUGGUGACAGGGACCCACCCAAGGUUGGAACUAGGAGAUCAGUGUUUAAAUUAUAUAGAGAUGUUAAAAGAAACAAUAUGUUUGUGACCCUUUUAUUUAUUUUAAACCCUUUCUUUAUCAUGCUGCCACCACCAAAUUAAAUCCUAAUUUGGGUUUAUAACACUAACUUUGUUUUUGUGCCCGAGUGGUAACAUGGGGAGAAGUAGACACAGUUGAAACAGAUUUUAAAUUCUAAACCAAAUAAAAUAACUUUAUUGUUGUACAAUGA